CUGGCCACUCUAAGCACCGGUUGCACGUUGUUGACCACAAAAAAUCAAAACAAACCCGAAAAUGGAGCAAACAAAGCCCUUUUACGAUUUCUGCGUUCCCUACAACAAGGACGACUCGGUGAUGCGGGCCCUGCUCAACGAGCUGGUGGAAACGGGCUACAAAACAGUGGCCAUCGACCAGAGUUUCGACCACAGCAAGAAGGAGGCCGGCAAACGGGGGAGCGAGAUGUUUCCGGAGCCCCACAAGGUGGAGCAUCUGCGCAGGGAGUUCCAGGACAGGCUGAGGAUCCUGCAGAGAAUCACCGUUCUCUACGUGGACGUCAAUGUGGCCCACGCAAUGAGUGUCUCCCAAAAUCUGCGGAAGUUCAAUCUAAUCGCUGGCCAGCCGAAAACAGAUGCCGCCCUGACACACUGCUGCACCGCCUUCAAUGGGGACUUGAUAACCUUUGAUCCUGCGGCUGGGUCACGACUCUUGGUGAACCGAAAAGCAUACCAGGUGGCAGUGCGUCGGGGCAUGUUCUUCGAAAUUAAAUACGCGCCAUCCAUCGCCGAUUCGAAUUACAGAAAGGACAUGAUAAAGAUCGCCCAGAACUACUGCACCAAAGGAAAGUCCAAGAACAUUAUCUUCAGCAGCGGUGCGGCGCACGAAUUCCAGCUCCGAGGUCCUUACGAUGUCGCUAAUUUGGCCUUUAUCUUCGGCCUCUCAGAGGACCAAGGAAAAAAUGCCGUGGAUCGGCAUUGCCGGCAACUUUUUCUGAAGGCGGAGUCGCGGCGUCUGGGGAAAACCAUCAUGUUUGUCAAAGGCAACGGACCCAUAGUAUUCUCAGAUAGCUCGGAGGACGAGCAAAGCACAGAAGACGACGAAAUGCAGGGUCUAAAAACCCAAAUUGAAGAAGCGGAUGCAUUUGAAGUCAAGGAUGGAACUGAGCAUGUUAUUAAACGAUUAAAAGUGGCGUAG